UCCUCCCACACGGAGCAAGUACUCCCCACCUCACCUCCAAUCCACAGAACGCAUCCGGAUCCCACAGCAGGAUCAAAGCCAACAUUUCUCGGCUCCGUUUGCCCGAAUCGGAUCAGGAAGAGGUGAAUCCGAACUAAGGCUGCUGAUGCUUCAGAAUGAUGAUGAAAACCGUCCUAUUGAUGCUCCUCAGCAUCCCCCAGGGAGUUGUCUACUCAUGGUGGAAUGUCCGAACACCACAGAACAUCAUGGUCUCGGACGGUUCCUGUGUGCAGAUCCCCUGCAGCUUCGAUCAUCCAGCAAGCCAUCCGCUCACUGAGGUGAAGUGGUUGAAAGACAACAAGACUCAUGGGACCCUUGUCAUCAACUCCAAAAGGCAAUCAGACCCUCAGUUCCAGCAGAGAGCUCGCCUCUACUCACAGUGGGAAACUGAGAAAGACUGCAUGUUAACUAUUACUAAUGUGACCCGUAGGGAUGUGGGCCGGUACUACUUCAGAAUGGAGGACAGCAGUGGUGAGAAGUUUUCUGGACGAAAUGGAGUCCUGGUAAAUGUAUCAGUUGUGUCCAACUUGCCAAUGAUUUCCACACCCGAGGAGAUCACCGAGGGAGGGGCGGUGACGUUAACUUGCUCUGUGAGAUACGGCUGCCCAGGUCACCUGACAUGGACGGGUGCAGACGGAUUGGCUGAACAAUCUUCAACAGAAGCUCAGAGCGCGGACCUGAACGUCGAGUCAACCAGCCUCUCUCUGAGAUUUGUCGCUUCCUACCGGGACCACGGCAGGACGCUGAGCUGUGAGCAUUCGUCCUCACUGGGAAAACCUCCGUCCCAAACCAUCACCUUAAACGUGAAGUAUGCUCCCAGGUUUGCUCACCUCACCCUCUCUCCCUUCAAGACCAUUGGUUCCCGUGACUCUGUCACAUUGGAGUGUGUGGCCGGGGACAGUAACCCUCCAGUAACAGGAUACAGAUGGUAUUGGUCAAAUAGUGCAAGUUCCCAGACAUCAGGUCGAACAUAUCAGAUCUACAGUGCUUAUGGAGACACGGAGUACGGGUGUGAAGCCAUCAAUUCAGUAGGAAAAGCCGCCUCUGAGAGAACUAAACUGCCGGUGUAUGGGAGUAAUAACUGGGCAGUGUGGACCCCCCUCUCACUCCGUGCCCGGGAAGGGUCCUGUGUGAUCAUCCCCUGCCUGUUCCACAUUCCUGGAUUCAGAAGGAGAUACCCGACGGACGCUGGAAUCUGGUUCAAAGACCAGAAUUACAAAGGGACUCCAGUAUAUCACACUUCAAGUGGGAUCAGCGGGAAUUAUACAGGACGGGUCGAGUUCCUGGGAAACAUGCAGAGUGAAAACUGUUCAUUGAAGAUCGGGAAUUUAAAAGAAUCCGAUAGUGGGAAGUAUUAUUUCCGGAUGGAAGCAUCGGCUGGUAAAUGGUCGGAUCCAAUCGGUUUCACACUCCUGGUAUCUAGGAGUGCAGGGAGACCGGUGAUCGAGGUACCUGAGCGAGUGGUGGAGGGAGAAGCCGUAUCUCUGACCUGCUCUGUUCACACUUACUGCCCUGAGGACACUCCUGUGUUUGAGUGGCACCUCCCUGGUUUCAACGAUCCUCAGGUGACUGGGGAAGAAUCCCAGGUUUUCCAGGAUUACCACUGGAUUUAUUCCCACACUGUGGUGUACACACCAACGUCUGAGAAUUCCUGCCAGGCAGUGAAAUGUGCGGCCAACUUUGGAUCCGAGACACGAGAAACGGAGAUCUCACUGGAUGUGAAGAAUCCUCCUCGAAAUGUUACCAUCUCACUGUCAGUAAACGAGCGAACAGAUACUCAGAAUAUUAAGGAAGGGGACAGAGUUGUCCUCAAUUGUAACUCUGCCUCAGCUAACCCAGCAAUCAGUGAGUACACCUGGUACAAAGAUGGAACUCAAGUCUGGACAGAAAGGAGUAACAGCAUCCAGUUUCUAUCAAUAUCUCACACCAAUUACGGGACGUACAUCUGUCAGGCUUCCAAUGAAGUGGGCAGCAACCGGUCAGCGGAAUUCACAGUGACGGGCAAGGCUCGACCUCUGGGCGUUCACAUUGAGUACCACGUCAAUGGCGUACAGCUCAUAGCGCCAGCAACUAUGAGAGAGAAUGAUCAGCUGACUCUGACCUGUGUCAGCACCAAGAGUGACCCACCGGUCUCCAGUUACUCCUGGUUACUAAACGACCGGAGUAAGGUGAGCCAAAAUCAGGAGCUGCGGUUUGACAGGAUUAGCCGACAAGAGAACAGCAAGAGAUAUGAAUGUCAGGCUCAUAAUGAGAUUGGAACAGGAAGCUCGGAGACCAUCACCAUCCACGUACAGUACGCUCCCACCAACGUGAGAAUCACAACUCCCGCUGGUGCUCCUGUUGGUCAGUCCAUCACACUGUGGUGUGAAUCUGAUGCCAACCCAGAGCCAGACAACUACAGAUGGAGGAAGGAGUGUGGUUCUUCAUCAGUUUAUCUGCAAUGUUAUUCUCAGUAUUGUCAUCUGUGGAUUACAUGGGCGGACAUCUCCUGUGAUUAUUACUGCACUGUGAGGAAUUCCAUCGAUGAAAAGGAAUCUCCACCCAAACGCAUCAAUGUACAGUAUGAACCCAAAGAUGUGGAAGUCCUGUCCAAUGAUUCUGUGGUCGAGGGAUCACAGGUUACGUUACGAUGUGAGAGUGUCGGGAAUCCACCUGCAGACACCUACCAGUGGAAGAAGGUGUGUUCCGGGACGGAGAUGAGACUCGAAGGACCCACACGUGAGCUUCAGAUCCAGGUCUCAAUCGAGGAUGAGUCCUGUGACUAUUAUUGCAGAGCUGGGAAUGUGAUUGGAGGUCAGGAUUCCGAACCCAAAAGUUUCCACAUUCAGUCUCAGGGACGGCUAUCCAAGGCGUCAGUCAUUUCAACGGCUUUGAAAGGGGCUCUGUUUCUUUUCACCUCAGUGGCUCUGAUCUGUUUCCUUAAGAACCGCAGGAAUACCAGGAAACCAACAGAAAAAGCAGAAAGGCCUGUGUCAGAGCAUUUGUAUGAAAUGGUCUUGAUGAGUCGCGGGGGAGUCAAGGUGGAAGAAUCAAUGAAAGCUCCACAAUAAUCCAGACUCAGUGCCAGAGAUCCGGCUGCCACAGCUUGUCCCAGGUGAUCGUAUGUCUCCCAUUUCACAAUGCCGCCCUCUCCGUGAUGUCAGAACAACAAUCUUACACUCAGCCUCAGCAAGUCCAAGGAACUGACUGUGAACUUCAGGAAGGGGAAGUCGGGAGAACACACUCCAGUCCUCAUCCUGGGGUCAGCGGUGGAAAGGCUGAGCAGCUUCAAGUUCCUGGGCAUCAACAUCUCUGAGGAUCUGUUCUGGACCCAACAUGUUGAAGCAAUGAGGAAGGAGGUGACUACCGGCUCUAUUUCAUCCGGAGUCUGAGUACAUUACUCUGUGCAGCUACCCCAGGGGAGGGAUUGUGGAAGGAACUGUCAAUAUUUUGGGACUGACCGUGAAGGGGAGAGAGUAUUGAGGGUGAGUGGCAUGUUGGUGUAUUUGGUGGGAUGGUGGGAGAGGGUUUGGAUGAUAGGCGGAGUGAGCUGGAUAGGAGAGGGGGAGGCAAAUUCAAAGUCCGGAGGAAACUCAAGGAACACCACCUCAUAUUCUCCCCAUGCAUAUUCCAUCUACAGGUAACUCUAUCACCUUCCA